CGUCACGUGAGGCCCGGGUCGGGGCGGAGCUACGGCGAGAGAGGGAGGAAAGGUAGGGGAAGCCGGAAGAGGCGCUAAUGAAGCCGAGAGAAGACGAGAGUUCCUGAGGGCAGGGGUGCGCGUGCGCCCGCUCUUUUGCUUCCCCCUCCCACCCCCCCCCAACACACCCCUGGGCCCUGCCGCCCGCCCUCGAGGCCACUCGCUGCUGCCUGGGGCGCGGGAGCGCGCGCCCCGUCCGCGCGCGCGGCGCCGGCCGCCCCUCCCCCGCGCCCCGUCCGCCCCGUCGCGUCCCGUCCCCUCGGGUGCCGCCGUCGGCCGCGUGCCUGUGCACGUCGGUGGCCGCGGGGACAUUUUCUGACUCCUGGUUCCCGCCCGGCUGCCCUCCCCACCCCGUGGCGGGGCCGGCCGCUCCCCCGGCCCCAGGAUGCAGAAUGUGAUUAACACGGUGAAGGGAAAGGCACUGGAGGUGGCUGAGUACCUGACCCCGGUCCUCAAGGAAUCAAAGUUUAAGGAAACAGGUGUUAUUACCCCAGAAGAGUUUGUGGCAGCUGGAGAUCACUUAGUUCACCACUGUCCAACAUGGCAAUGGGCUUCUGGGGAAGAAUUGAAAGUAAAGGCAUACCUACCAACAGGCAAACAAUUUUUGGUCACCAAAAAUGUGCCAUGUUACAAGCGGUGCAAGCAGAUGGAAUAUUCAGAUGAAUUGGAAGCUAUCAUUGAAGAGGAUGAUGGUGAUGGAGGAUGGGUAGAUACUUAUCAUAACACAGGUAUUACAGGAAUAACUGAAGCAGUUAAGGAGAUUACACUGGAAAGCAAGGAUAGUAUAAAACUCCAAGAUUGCUCAGCAUUAUGUGAGGAGGAGGAAGAGGAAGAUGAAGAAGAAGCUGCAGAUAUGGAAGAAUAUGAAGAGAGUGGAUUGUUGGAAACAGAUGAGGCUACCCUAGACACAAGGAAAAUAGUAGAAGCUUGUAAAGCUAAAACUGAUGCUGGAAGUGAAGAUGCUAUUUUGCAAACCAGAACAUAUGACCUUUAUAUUACGUAUGAUAAAUAUUAUCAGACACCACGACUAUGGUUAUUUGGCUACGAUGAGCAACGGCAGCCUUUAACAGUUGAACACAUGUAUGAAGACAUCAGUCAAGAUCAUGUGAAGAAAACAGUGACCAUUGAAAAUCAUCCUCAUCUCCCACCACCUCCUAUGUGUUCAGUUCAUCCAUGCAGGCAUGCUGAGGUGAUGAAGAAAAUCAUUGAGACUGUUGCAGAAGGAGGGGGAGAACUUGGUGUUCAUAUGUAUCUUCUAAUUUUCUUGAAAUUUGUACAAGCUGUCAUUCCAACAAUAGAGUAUGACUACACAAGACACUUCACAAUGUAACGAAGAGAGUUUACAGUUUAUCCUAAUCAUUGGUUCUGAUUUUUAAAGAAUUAACCCAUAGAUGUGACCAUUGACCCUCUUCAUCAAUAUGUACAAUUUCUCUAAUAAAGGGACUUAUAUGUUUAUGCAUUAAAUAAAAAAAGUUCCACUACCAGCCUUAUUUGUUUAAUAAAAUUGAGUGUAAAGA